UGCCCUCGCGCGCGUCCCGGAAGUAGAAGCGCCGGAGCCGAUGUGUGUGUCUCCCGGAAUCCGUCGGUUAACGUUUGUUGUCAGCGCGCGAGGAGAAACAACAUGGACGCGUUGAAUAAGCUGAAGCAGUUCGACGCGUAUCCCAAAACUCUGGAGGACUUCCGCGUGAAGACGUGGGGAGGAGCGACCGUGACCGUCAUCAGCGGCGUCAUCAUGCUGAUCCUGUUCAUCUCGGAGCUGCAGUACUAUCUCACCAAAGAGAUCCACCCCGAGCUUUACGUGGACACGUCGCGAGGAGACAAACUGAAGAUCAACAUCGAUGUCCUCUUCCCCCACAUGCCCUGUGCCUACCUCAGUAUCGAUGCGAUGGACGUGGCCGGUGAGCAGCAGCUCGACGUGGAGCACAACCUGUUCAAGCAGCGGCUGGACAAAGACCUGAAGGCCGUCACGCAGGAGGCCGACAAGCACGACCUCGGUCUGGCUGACGACGGUGAAGUGUUCGACCCGAGUUCACUGGACCCGAGUAGAUGUGAGAGCUGCUACGGAGCCGAGACCGAAGACCUCAAAUGCUGUAACACGUGUGACGACGUGCGCGAGGCGUACCGGCGGCGCGGCUGGGCGUUCAAGAACGCCGACACCAUCGAGCAGUGCAAGCGGGAGGGAUUCUCCCAGAAGAUGCAGGAGCAGAAGAACGAGGGCUGCCAGGUGUACGGCGUCCUGGAGGUCAACAAGGUGGCGGGAAACUUCCACUUCGCUCCAGGAAAAAGUUUCCAGCAGUCUCACGUCCACGUGCACGCUGUGGAAAUUCACGACCUGCAGAGCUUCGGCUUGGACAACAUCAACAUGACCCACCUGAUAAAGCACCUGUCGUUCGGUGAAGAUUACCCCGGCAUCGUGAACCCGCUGGACGACACGGACGUCACGGCGCCACAAGCAUCAAUGAUGUAUCAGUAUUUUGUGAAAAUCGUUCCCACCAUCUACGUGAAGACCGACGGCGAGGUGGUGAAAACGAACCAGUUCUCGGUCACCAGACACGAGAAGGUGGCCAACGGGCUCAUCGGGGACCAGGGGCUGCCGGGCGUCUUCGUCCUCUACGAGCUGUCGCCCAUGAUGGUGAAGUUCACCGAGAAACACAGAUCGUUCACUCACUUCUUAACGGGAGUGUGUGCCAUCAUUGGGGGCGUGUUCACAGUCGCCGGUCUGAUCGACUCGCUCAUCUACCACUCGGCUCGGGCCAUCCAGAAGAAGAUAGAGCUGGGCAAGGCGUCCUAACGGCAGUCUGACCUUUGACCCCCCUCAUGCCCCCCACCCUGCAACACAGACCGACACACGAGAGACACAAAGAGAGAGAGAGGUUUUAAAUCAGCCAUCAAUAUUUUUUUAAUUCCUCUCUCUUCGUUGUGGAGAUGACUUUCUUUUAUUAUUUGUUUGCUCUUGGAAAUCAGCAUUUCACCCGCCUCCUGAGAGGAGGGGGAGGGGGGGGGAGGACCUCCUCCUCCACUUCCUGUUCCUGUCCCGCUCCGGCGCGUCGCUCGAGGGUCCGGAGGCGACUCGAAGAAGCAGAAAAAGACUUCAUGGAAACGUCCGGACAUAUUUUUCUUCUCUUAUUUUUUUUUGUCAACGAAUCCCACGGAGCAACAACGAAACCAACGAAGAAGUCUCGUCUCCUCUUCCUCCUCCUCUUCCUCUGGAACAGAGAGCGUAUUAAAAACACAUCAAGCAGCCUCAGCGGUGCACUGGGCGACCUUUGACCUUUCCCUUCGUUGUGUACACGGUUCUGACACACACACACACACACACCGUCCUCCUGCCACACCUGGAUAUUCAUCCGCCGCGGAAAAUAGUCCACAACAAAUGCACCUUCAUUUCAGUCAGAACCAGCGAGUUUUUGUUGUUGUUUUUGUUGUUGUUUCAUGGGAUUUGUUGACAAGUUAAAUGUUUAAAUGCAGAAAUCUUUAAUCAGAAGAAGAACAAGGAGCUGUGUGUCUUCAAAUUCACUUAAAAAACAUAAAAGUAAAAUGAUAUUUUUGGUUUAAAUAUUUAGUUUCUACUCUAAACUAAAACGACGACAUUAAACGGGACGAUUUUAAAGAAUAAUUCCGUGACAUCAAAUAAACAACGUUUCUUCUCUAAAGAAUCCGUCGCCGCGGUUUCCUUCAUUUCAUUAUUUGAAGUUUUCGUGCCAAUGUUUUGCCGAUGCCGCCACGUGGAGAGGCUCCGCCUCCUCGUGACCCGCGGACGCCGCCACGUGGAGAGGCUCCGCCUCCUCGUGACCCGCGGACGCCGCCACGCGGAGAAGCUCCGCCUCCUCGUGACCCGCGGACGCCGCCGCGAGGGAUCCGUUCUGUUCGCCCCGUAGGCCGGACGGCGGAUUGUUUGACUUUUUUUUGGGGAGCUUCUAAAAGUCUAACUCCGAGUCUCCACCGCAGGAGUCACGGCAGCUUCCUGUGGAUGUUUGGCCCCGCCCCCUUUGGUUUAAUCACCCAAUGGAGGCUCGAUGCAGUCGAGGCCUAAGUCCCGCCCCUUUUUCACUCCUGCAGCGACGUGGGAAUUAUAACUUUGGGAUUUUCUUUGACUUUUUGUUCUUUUGUUCCGCCGUUCAGGAGUGUGACGAGUGUCCGGACGCGGGGGAGAGUUAUGAUUAUUCUCUGAUUUAUUUUUUGGGGGGGGGGGGGGGUUUCUCUUUUCCCCACACGCUUCUUUUCUUUUUCAUUUAUUUUCUCCUUUGGUCCGUGGGAGUCUGGAAUGUGUCGGCCAAUCACAGGAGAGUGUUAUUCAGACGUCGAAUGACGGGAAGCUCGGAGCCACAAGGAGCCGUCGAGGCCCAGAUACCGACGCGUUCAAAGUCGUAGAGCGGCGUCGUUAUUUGAGCUCACGGAGAAACGAGCGAGAACCAAACGCUCGACUUUCACCCAGGAGAACGGGGUUCGAGUCUCUGGACUUGAAGCUUUCAUUAACUCAUUAAACACAAACAUUAUGUUAGUUAAUUAGAUGAAGGUCUCCCCUCAAGUUUUAAAAUCAGAGUUUGAGUGAAAUUACUUUAAAUAAAAACUUCAAUCUGACUAAAACGAGCAGAAAUCCACCAAAAGCUCCAGAUGUUCACUUCCUGUCCGUCACUAAAAACUACAACCACGAAAUGAGCCACUUCCUGUCUGCUGGGGUCGACCCAGUGGAGACUUUAAAACUACUUUGAAAAGACUUUAAACGCUCGACUUGUCCUCUAGACUUAAUCUGACGGUCAGGUCACGUGACCUCGAUGGAAGAGGAGCUGUGUGUGUGUGUGUGUGAGAUCGAAUGAGUGAAAGAGAAACGUAUUUAUAUUUUGAUUGUUCUCAAACUGUUUUUAAAAUGACAAAAUAAAUGUUGAACUCGU